UUGCUUUGGAAAACUUCAAUUUUUCAUCUAUUUUUCAUGACAUGUGUACAUCGUUAAGCAAAACUGUCAAAUUUGGUUAAAACUAAUUCAAAGAUGUCUAAAUCUCGUGUUUGCCCCGAUAAAACUAUCAACGCAGAGAAGGAAACUUGCGCCAAAAAGACAAACCUCCUAAUCUAUGAGCGCGAAAAGGGAGAAGCUUGCAAACCACCAAAAACCUACAUACCUCCGAUAUCCAGCCCUCAAGUCAAGCGAAUUAAAAUAUGUACGGGGGCCGAACUGAAAAAGAUGUGUGCACCACCUCCAUGCCCCUGCCCCCCCAAAAUCCCAAGACCCACUUUGCUACAAAGACUAGGAAAACUGCUAGGUCUGGGCGCGAAAAGUCUGGUGGCUUUAGGGGCCGUUUAUGUGACCUACGAUAUGGGAAUUUGGGGAGACUCCAAGACCACGGGAGAGCUCUACAAAAACGUGUGCAAUGCCAUUUUGCCCAAUAUUAUAGAACCGGCGAAGGAAAAACCACUGACGUCGUCGUGCAAAGCGGAAUUGGAACUAUUUAAUGCGUUCGAGAAAGACCCGUACUGUUGCGACAAGUUCCCGAUUGAUUCGGAAAGCAGCGCUUAUGAGGUACAACAGAAGUGGAACAAGAUUGUCACGAAGACGUUUUCAGCGAUUGCAGGAUUUCCGGCCACCGUCAGGAAUUGGUCACACCAGGUUUACUGUAAAAUGGUCGAUGCGGAAAGCUGUAAGGUGGCGCAGGACGAUGGAGAAGAGGAAUGUUGCCCUUGUGACUAAAUUAAAAAAAAGGUUUUGAAUAAAAUAUUUGCAACUCA